UUAUUGAUAAAUUAUUUUAUGUUAAAGAUAAUUUUUCUUAGAAAUAAAUAUUUUAAUUUUGAAAAUUAAUCACAUGGUACAUAAUACUUAUAUCUAAUGUACAGGAAUGUCCUUUACAGACAUCAAUCAGUGAAUCUCCCAACAAACUUUCUCAAGUAACAGAAAGAUCACGUACUUCUCCUCUUCCUUCUACUACAGAUCCACAGCCAGAUCUUACUUCGCCACAUUUGGAAACUGGAACAGAUAAAUCUAAUCAAAUGGCGUUAAGAAUACCGGGUAUAACUUUAUCCUCUGAUCAAAAUCGGGACAAGAGUCACACAACAAUAGGUGUUCAUAUGGAUGAUGACCAUUAUAAUUAUGAAAGUAGACCUAACAGACUUGGUUUGGAGGAUUUCACGUUCAUAAAAGUGCUUGGAAAAGGAAGUUUUGGAAAGGUAAUGCUUGCAGAGAAGAAAGGCACUGAAGAUGUUUAUGCUGUGAAAGUUUUAAAGAAGGAUGUAAUUCUUCAAGAUGAUGAUGUUGAUUGUACAAUGACGGAGAAACGUAUAUUAACCCUUUCGGCUAAACAUCCUUUCUUGACUGCCAUCCAUUGUUGUUUUCAAACUGAGGAUCGAUUAUUUUUUGUUAUGGAAUAUGUUAAUGGAGGAGAUCUCAUGUUUCAAAUUCAAAAGGCUCGUAAAUUUGAUGAACCAAGAGCACGUUUCUAUGCAGCAGAAGUCACGUUAGCAUUGAUGUUUCUACAUCGAAAUGGUGUAAUAUAUAGAGAUCUGAAGUUAGAUAAUAUUUUAUUGGAUAGUGAAGGCCAUUGUAAGAUUGCUGAUUUUGGAAUGUGUAAAGAAAAUAUUAUUAAUGGUGCAACAACAACAACAUUUUGUGGUACUCCAGACUAUAUAGCCCCUGAGGUAUAA